AAGAAGAAGACAAAGACAAAGAAACAAAAUGUUCUCACGAAAAGCUGUGCUCGUUUAAAAAACGCAAAAAGUUACUGACGACUGGCGAGUGUUGUGCAUUUUUUUGGCAUUGCAUGUGCUUGGUCUAAAAAUAACGGAAGAUGAAAAUAAACUGCAGGCGAAUUGGAAACACCUUGAGUUGAGUGCAACGGCUGUGCGAGUGUGUGUGUGCGUGAGAGUAAGAGUGCGCGCGUGUGUGCGUGCGUCCGUAUGCAUGUGUAUGCAUGUGGAUAAACGAAAAUAAAACAAGGGACCGCUCCCCGCCGACGAAUUGCCACCCCGCAAAGUUUAUCAUCCUGCGUAGAAUCGGUGGAACUGCAUCGCACUAAAUCGGCCACUAUCCAUUAUCGUCCUUCAUCCACCUCCUGGGGAAACAACAACAGCAACCACCAGCGCCCUUACAACACUGUUACAAAAGAGCAAAAGAGAGAGAGAGAGAGUAGACACCCCGCACACACUUCCACAAACAUACACACACACACGGGUGCAGAGUGUCCUCGCCAGAUUUUCGAAUUUCCAGCCAAACAUCCAAAAUCCGAAAUCCCAAUCUUAAUACUAAAACCACCAAAAUGGACUCUGAUAUCGAAAUGGAUAUGGAAUCGGACAACGAUGGGGAAUACGACGACGAUUACGACUACUACAAUACAGGCGAGGAUUGCGAUGUAGAGCGCCUUGAUCCAAAGCGGGCCGAUCCCGAGUACUUCGAGUUCACCUGCCUCACCGUGGAGGACAUCGAGAAGCUGCUCAACGAGCGGGUGGAGAAACUGAACACUAUCCUGAAGAUCACACCCUCGCUGGCCAAGGUGCUGCUGCUGGAGCACCAGUGGAACAACGGUGUCGUAGUGGAGAAGUACCGCCAGGACGCCAAUGCGCUGCUGGUAACGGCGCGCAUUAAGCCGCCGACUGUGGUGGUUGCGGAUACCGCUUCGACGAGUGCAGCGGCUGCGGCGGCCAGCGCCCAACUGCUGCGACUGGGGAACAGUGGAUACAAGACAACGGCCUCGACGGCGCCGCAAUACCGAAGCCAGAUGUGUCCAGUGUGCGCCAGCUCACAGCUGGGGGACAAGUUUUAUAGCCUGGCCUGCGGGCACUCGUUCUGCAAGGACUGCUGGACUAUAUACUUUGAGACGCAGAUCUUCCAGGGAAUCUCCACCCAGAUCGGCUGCAUGGCUCAGAUGUGCAAUGUGCGGGUGCCCGAGGACUUGGUGCUGACACUGGUCACACGACCCGUGAUGCGGGACAAAUACCAGCAGUUUGCGUUUAAGGACUACGUCAAGUCGCAUCCGGAACUGCGUUUCUGUCCCGGACCCAACUGCCAGAUUAUUGUGCAAUCAUCGGAGAUCUCCGCCAAACGUGCCAUUUGCAAGGCUUGCCAUACGGGCUUCUGCUUCCGGUGUGGCAUGGACUACCAUGCGCCCACCGACUGCCAGGUGAUUAAGAAGUGGCUGACCAAGUGCGCCGACGACAGCGAGACCGCCAACUACAUCAGCGCCCACACCAAAGACUGCCCCAAGUGUCACAUCUGCAUCGAAAAGAACGGCGGCUGCAACCACAUGCAGUGCUUCAACUGCAAACACGACUUUUGCUGGAUGUGCCUGGGUGACUGGAAGACGCACGGCUCCGAGUACUAUGAGUGCUCCCGGUACAAGGACAACCCCAACAUUGCCAACGAGUCGGUGCACGUGCAGGCGCGCGAGGCGCUGAAGAAGUACCUGCACUACUACGAGCGCUGGGAGAACCACUCCAAGUCCUUGAAACUCGAGCAGCAGACGAUCGACCGGCUGCGCCAGCGUAUUAACUCAAAGGUGAUGAACGGCAGUGGCACCUGGAUCGACUGGCAAUAUCUCUUCAACGCUGCGGCACUGCUGGCCAAGUGUCGAUAUACGCUGCAAUAUACCUAUCCAUAUGCCUACUACAUGGAGACCUGUUCGCGGAAGAAUCUCUUCGAGUACCAGCAGGCUCAACUGGAGGCCGAGAUAGAGAACCUGUCGUGGAAGAUUGAGCGGGCGGAGACAACGGACCUGGGUGAUCUCGAAAAUCAAAUGGACAUCGCUGAAAAGCGUCGCACCACACUACUGAAAGACUUCUUCCCAGUGGAUACAUAGGCAACUGACAAGCUUCCAGGGCCACAGAACAGGCAGCUUGAACCGUUUAGCACAAAUACUAAAUUGAUUGACUGUUGACGAGCCGAAAGAACGCAACGUGACACGACAGUACAGAGACGCUUAUUUAAAUUAAAUUAUACACAUAUUUACAUGUAUCCAUCUAGCAGUAGGCCAACGACGUGUAGCUAAUUUUUAAAUUAAACUAAUAAUCAAGUGCA